AUGAGUAAACGCGGGCGUGGUGGUGCAGCAGGCACCAAGUUUCGCUGUACGCUUGGUCUUCCAGUUGGCGCAGUAAUAAACUGUGCCGACAACUCCGGAGCGAAGAACUUGUACAUCAUCGCGGUGCACGGUGUGCGCGGUCGCUUGAACCGGCUCCCUGCUGCAAGCAUCGGCGAUAUGGUCCUGGUUACGGUGAAAAAAGGGAAACCGGAGCUGCGGAAGAAAGUAAUGCCAGCUGUUGUUGUGAGACAACGAAAAGCAUGGCGGCGGAAGGAUGGCACCUACAUAAUGUUUGAGGAUAACGCUGGAGUUAUAGUGAAUCCGAAAGGCGAGAUGAAGGGCAGCGCGAUCACCGGACCGGUAGCGAAAGAGGCAGCGGAUAUUUGGCCGAAGAUCGCCUCAGCGGCUUCAGCAAUCGCCUAG